AUGGGCGAUUUGGCCUUGGUGCUUUGUAGCUACAAAGUACUCUCCCGUGGGGCACUGUGUGCAGAGCGGUGCAAGUGCAGCCCUGCAAAGUGCAUUCAAUGCACACCAACCCUCAGUCACACCAACCACUCAGUCACACCAACCCUCAGUCACACCAACCCCUCAGUCAUACCAACACUCAGUCAUACCAACCCUCAGUCACACCAACACUCAGUCAUACCAACACUCAGUCACACCAACCCUCAGUCACACCAACCCUCAGUCACACCAACACUCAGUCACACCAACACUCAGUCAUACCAACCCUCAAUCAUACCAAACCUUCAGGCACACCAACCCUCAGUCACACAAACCACUCAGUCACACCUACCCCUCAGUCAUACCAACACUCAGCCAUACCAACCCCUCAGUCACACAAACACUCGGUCAUACCAGCCCUCAGUCACAACAGCCCUCAGUCACACCAAACCUCAGUCACAUCAACCCCUCAGUCACACCAACACUCAGUCAUACCAAUCCUCAGUCACACCAACCCUCAGUCACACCAACCCCUCAGUCACACCAAUCCUCGGUCAUACCAACCCUCAAUCACACCAUCCCUGUCAUACCAACCCCUCAGUCAUACCAACCCUCAGUCACACCAACUUUCAGUCACACCAACCCUCAGUCACAACAGCCCUCAGUCACACCAACCCUCAGUCAUACCUAACCUCAGUCACACCAACCCUCAGUCAUACCAACCCUCAGUCACACCAGCCCUCAGUCACAACAGCCCUCAGUCACACCAACCCCUCAGUCAUACCAACCCCUCAAUCACACCAACACUCAGUCACACCAACCCUCAGUCACACCAACCCUCAGUCAUACCAAUCCUCAGUCACACCAGCCCUCAGUCACAACAGCCCUCAGUCACAACAGCCCUCAGUCACACUGACCCUCAGUCACACCAACCCUCAGUCACACCAGCCCUCAGUCACACCAGCCCCUCAGUCACACCAACACUCAGUCAUACCAACACUCAGUCACACCAACCCUCACUCAUACCAACCCUCAGUCAUACCAACCCCUCAAUCACACCAACCCUCAGUCACACCAACCCUCACUCAUACCAACCCUCAGUCAUACCAACCCCUCAAUCACACCAACACUCAGUCACACCAACACUCAAUCACACCAACACUCAGUCACACCAACCCUCAACACACCAACCCAUCAGUCACACCAACACUCAGUCAUACCAAUCCUCAGUCACACCAGCCCUCAGUCACACCAACACUCAGUCACACCAAUCCUCAAUCACAACAGCCCUCAGUCACACCAACCCUCAGUCACACCAACCCCUCUGUCACACCGACCCUCAAUCAUACCAAUCCUCAAUCACAACAGCCCUCAGUCACACCGACCCUCAGUCACACCAACCCUCAGUCACACCAGCCCCUCAGUCACACCAACCCUCAGUCAUACCAACUCUCAGUCACACCAACUACUCAGUCACACCUAACCCUCAGACACACCAACCCCUCAGUCACACCAACCCUCAGUCACACAAACACUCAGUCACACCAACCCCUCAGUCACACCAACCAUCAGUCACACCAAUCCUCAGUCACACCAGCCCUCAGUCACACCAACACUCAGUCACACCAACCCUCAGUCACACUAACCCUCAGUCACACCAAUCCUCAGUCAUACCAACCCCUCAGUCACACCAACCCUCAGUCAUACCAACCAUCAGUCACACCAACCCUCAGUCACAUCGACCCCUCAGUCACACCAACCCUCAGUCACACUAACCCUCAGUCAUACCAACCCCUCAGUCAUACCAACCCUCAGUCACACCAGCCCUCAGUCACACCAACCCUCAGUCACACCAACCCCUCUGUCACACCGACCCUCAAUCAUACCAAUCCUCAAUCACAACAGCCCUCAGUCACACCGACCCUCAGUCACACCAACCCUCAGUCACACCAGCCCCUCAGUCACACCAACCCUCAGUCAUACCAACCCUCAUUCAUACCAUCCCUCAGUCACACCAACCCUCACUCAUACCAACACUCAGUCACACUAACCCUCAGUCAUACCAACCCUCAAUCAUACCAACCCCUCAGUCACACCAACCCUCAGUUACACCAACCCUCAGUCACAUCAACCCAUAGUCACACCAACCCUCACUCACACCAACCCUCAGUCAUACCAACCCUUAGUCACACCAACCCCUCAGUCACACCAACACUCAGUCACGCCAAUCCUCCGUCAUACCAACCCUCAGUCAUAGUCACACCAUUUAUCAGUCAUACCAAUCCCUUAUUCUCUGUAACAUGUCAAAGCAACAAAACUAGCAGUAUUCUCCAAGACAGGAGUUGGCAUAUACGUGUAUAUGGACCAGUGAUAUUCUUUUAA